AUCCAAAUUACGAUGUUGACAGGUCGGUGAGGCAUUCCAAUUGAAACUAUUCCUUGAUCAGACUUCAAAAAACGCAGGAUUCGGGAAAGUAUACGGAGAUAAAAACGUAGUUUGAGAGCCGGCGUUAGUUUCCCGAUCCCUGGAACCUGCAUAGCGCUCAAGAUGCGGAAGAUGCAGAUUCUGGUUCAGACGCGAGACGGGCGGAAGAGCAUCUACGAGGUGGACCGCUUCGGGACGGUGGGCCACCUCAAGGAGCGCAUCGGACGCACCAUGUGCGUGCCCAUGGGCUUCAGUCGGCUCACCCACAAGGGCCGCAUCCUGGCGAACCAGAGCGUCCUCGAGGACGUGGGCAUCAAGAGGAUGUCCACCUUGGACCUCUACUGGCAGCCGGUGGUGCUAACGCCCAAGCAGCUGAGCGAAAAGGAGGGGGAUCUGGACAAGCUGGAGCAGAAGAAGAACAGUGUGCAGUCCGGCAUGGUUGAGAGCUACGACCAGAUGCUCAAAACUGGAGGAGUGGUCAAGGGUUUUGCCAGCUUCCAGGACAACGAUGCUCCGGCCCAAGCAGACAGCUCCAAUUCGCUGAUCCAAGAGGACGACGACGAUGAUCUGGAGGACCAGGGCCUGAUAACCCCCUCUUCCGACGCCCUGGACUUCCUGGGAGUCACCAUGAGUCCCAUAAAAUCCGAUGAUCUUGAUGACAGUUUGCAGAUGGACCUUCUGCCCGAGGUGCUGCCCCCAGAUCCUUUCGUUCUACAGAAGAUUCCGGAGGCCAGCGCUCCAGCGAAGCCCUCGACUCACAAGAAGAAGGGCAAGAAGAACCGCAAGAAAAAGUAGCCAGUUCUAUAUUUUUGAAUUCUGCCCUGUGCCGCAUUUCAAUUCGAAAUUCCUGACCAACUCUUCAAACGACGUUUUGAAACCUAAAUUUGCGUUACCAGCAAACUAAUAAAACAAGCGAUCACUUGAA